AUGGAACCUAAAUACGCCUCGCCUGUGGCGAGUCCUCGGGCCUCGGCUUCUUUUGCUUCACCCUCUGUCGUAGGCAACUUUCUCGACUUCAUGCUGCCCAAAGCUCAAUCCACAGCUAUCAAAGCAGUGGCCCAAAAGUCCUCUUCCAGUCCCUUGCGUGCGGCCGCAACCUAUACGGUCAUUACGAACCAAUCGUUGUCGGUCCGCAGUAGCGAUCCCUCGGCGCAGCGCUUAAGUUCGCCGGCCGUCAGUAGUGGUGGUAUUGAUGAGUCUAUGCAACUGCUUAACUUAGAGGACCUUUCUGCUUGUCUGCUUGAGUACAGUACAUCCAGCGGGGCAGUAGGAGAUCAACAGACGCAACAGAAGUUACCAAAGUCCACCCCAUCGGAGGUCGCUGAUGGUGGCGUCGGUGGCGGCGACAGCAAAGGAAUAUCCUUGGAGGAACAGGAAGCUGUGGAACAUGCGGUGCGCUUUAACGCUGAGGAACUUCGUCAUCUAGAAGAAGCCUUUGAGGACUUUUCACAGCAGGACACCACCGCAGCCGCCGCUGCCGGCUGUCGACCACCGAGCUCCAGGAAUGUGCAGAGUGCUGACACCUGUGGUCUCCUGCGUUCACCUCCUUCAAUGACGACAUCAGUGUUGGAGAGUCCCGAUGCGACGAUGGCCUCCUCCAUCCCCUCUCUGACCGAGUCUUCCAGCAGUAAGCCCAGUGUCGCGGACGUGGAGACACGUUGCAGCGUUCUGUCUGAGAGGAAUGCCGAUGUGACAAACUCUCAUGCUUCGCCUAGAAGUUACAAGCCAACAUUUCCAACAGCAGCGACACUUUUGUCUCAGGAGGAGGAGAAGGAGGAGGAAGAAGAAGACAUUGAGAACCAACCACCAAACACUAACAGUUCCAAACCCGUUGCGCUUCUUGACGCUCAGGAUGAUUCCUUUUCCCGCUCCCUAUCGGAUCCCAUCUACAGGAGACGACUGUCUACGAUCCUUGAGUGCCAAAGCAAAGAGUCUCUGGUAGGCACACCUAGUGUCUCUGACAAGUUUUUAAACCUGACUGCUGCAGGAGGUUACCUUUAUCCUGUUUUACUUUGUUUAUGUCUGCGUCGUUUCUAG